AAUAUUAAUUUGUAAUUUUCUUUGAAAUUUCAUCUGGUUUCUGUCACUUUUGAAAUUUAUCCCACUACCUACAUCCACAUCCCUCACCUUCUGUAGACCCCUUCUGCACCUGCCCCUCCCUCUCCCCUCCCAUGGCCCUUGCAUUCUCGUCUCUCAAGCAGGGGAAGAAUUGAGUUGUGAAGAGAGAUUUCUGUUAAUUCUCACAAGUAAGCCUGUCCUUAUGAUUGUGUUUGUUUUUAUUUCCACAGCUAGUAUGAAUGGCCAUGUUGGAGUACUUCACUUCAUUGAAAAUAUAAGUGAUGUUGAAUGGAUAAUUCAGGAAGGGAAACAUCACCCAUACAUUGCUCUUUUCAGAUCGGACCAGUUUGAUCUUAAGAUGCUCAAUCCACUGAUAGAAAAUAAAAAGAUUAGUGGAGCUCUGGUCAUAGCUGUUCCGUCAGGAAAACACCGAUACACUCCUGAAGUGUAUUCUCCUGACUAUGCAUGCCCUAAUGAUAAUUUUGGGGUUUACAGUAACAAUGAAGUAUAUAAAGACUGUAAAGAGCUAAAAUGGAAUGACGGUGUAAGUCAAGAACAUUCUUAAUACCUUUUAUUAGUUUUUUUUAGUGAUUCUUUAUUCAUGUGCUCACUGCUGCAGGGGUUUCAUUAACGUUUUCAGCAGAAGGGCAACUGGUUUUCACAGGCAGGCAAGACUAAAUCAACCAAACCUCUAAUGAAGAAAAACUUUCCUCCAGAUGGUCAAACCAGGUUGGCAAAAUUGUCCUCACAACUUGUCAAUUUGCCUGGUGCCCAGCCCUUAAUGAAACCUCUACACUGAUGUGCUUUUUGUUUGCUUUCAUUCACUUCUGCCAAUAUUGUACUUGG